AUGGCCGACGUGGAUUACUAUACGACGCUAGGCAUCGAAAAGACUGCUACAGAGGAUGAGAUCAAACGCGCUUACCGCAAGAUGGCCAUCCGCUUUCAUCCAGACAAGAAUAUAGACGAUAAAGAGGCAGCAGAAGUCAAAUUUAAAGAGAUUGGCGAGGCUUAUUCGAUACUAUCUGAUCCAGACAAGCGACGUCAAUACGAUCGCUUUGGCAAAGCUGGAAUCCAAAGUGCUGCAGGUAACGGUGGACCAAACAUGCAACCGUUCCAGGGACAGAAUGCAGAGGAGAUUUUCCGCACGUUUUUUAGUGGCCAGGACCCGUUCUCCAUGUUUUUCCAGGAAGGUAUGCGGGGUAGAGGAGGCAUGCACAAUUUUGGAGGAUCUCGUGUCCAUAUGUCGCAGUUUGGACCAGGAUUCUCUUUUACGUCGUUUGGUGGAGCCCGUGGUGUGGGCACGCCGGGGAUGCGCGCGCACCGGGUAAAUAACCAGAGACAACGUGCACCGGGCGGUCCGAAUGUUGCAGGUGACAAUGGACCUCAGGCGAACGGACAUCUUUCGCAAUAUCGGAUUGGCGGUGGCAACUUGUUGUUGAUCUUCUUUAUGCUGUGGAUCCUGGGCGUACCGUUCAGUUACCUGUGGAUAGCGCUCAUGAUCUUCAGCUACCUCGGACUUGUCUAA